CUUUACUGCUCGGAGGACAGUGGCCGGCAGUAGUGUGUAUGUUGUUGAAAUCAGUAGCGGUGAUGGACUCCUUUGUGGCGUAAAAUGGUAUCCACGAGAGGGAAUCCGGUGGCUGAAAAUGGGAGGAAAAGUGCUCUACCGUCCCGUGAAUCCCGCAGGAGUACUCGAGGAGCGCUGCAGGAGCCGGAGGAUGAGAAGCUCCUAGGCCUAGGGGAAGGCCCCGGCAUAGAAGACAAGAUGAAGUGGCUGCUGUAGAAGCAGACACUGAUACAGAUGAUGAAAUUUUUAAUCGUAGUCAAUCACGCAGAACUCGUGGCCAACGUACCAAAGAUAGUAAAAGUUCAUUGAAGGAGUUUGUUAUGAAUGGAGACGACCUUGAAGACCAUGACCACCUGGAGGAAGAUGGUCCUAGACGCAGUUCUCGAAAAAAGAAAUUUAAUUCAUUUGACCAGUCUUGGUUAGUUGGAAAUAAGAAGUUACGAGGCUAUCCAUCCAUUGUUCCCAGUUCCGAGCCUGAAAAUGAUGAACCUCGACCAUCACGGAAAAUAUGCAAGUACAUGGAUGCAGAUGUAGAGCCCAGACAUAGAAGGCUUCGGCGAUAUGAAGAAACGGAGGGUCAAGAAUUUUGCUCUCUUGGACCAAGGACACGCAGACCUAAUAGACGCCGUCGUGUCCCACAGAGGAGAUAUAGGGAGGACCCUGAUAUUUCUGAAGAAGAUGGUAGAAGGUUGCGUAAUAGAUGUGGAAAUAAGGUGAGUUCAGAAGUUGUGGAGGAUGAUGACGAUAAUCAGGAAGAAAUAGAAUCUGAUGGAGAAAGGUCUGAACAGCACAUUAAAAGGUUUAAGGAGGUUAAAGAAGAAGUACAUAAGGAAGAGAGAGGAGGAAAUGAUAAUGACGAUGACGACGACGACGACGAUGAUGAUGAUGACGAUGACGACGACGACGAUGAUGACGAUGAAAUCCCACAGAAAAGACGUACGACAAGAAGCUCUUUGGUUGCUGCUGGACAGAAAAUUGAUGAUACUGAAGAGGAAGAGGAUGAGGAGGAAACACCAAUAAAACUUAGACGUGGACGUAAGAGGAUACGCGAUCCUUCUACCGCUGGUUCAUUAUCGAUGAAGGACCCGUUUGUAGACAUGUACUCAAGAGUUAAAAGGCAGCGCAGACCAGUAAAGCGUUUUAUGUAUGAGGAUGAUCCAGAGAGAAGGUCUAGGAAGCAUGAUUCUUCAUCAAAUGACAGCGACAAUGAUAAAGAUGAUGAUGAUGAUGAUGAUGAAGAGGAAGAUGGAAAUGAGGUGCAAACAAGAUCACGCUAUUCACUUAGAAGAAACAGACAAGAAAGUAGACCUUUUCAGCACUCUGCUACAGAUAAGUCGAGAGCCAUUGGAUAUCAUGAUAACUCUCCUCCUAGAAGGCAUCACAGAAAUCACAAGAGGUAUCUUAACUCUCCAGCCAGAAAGCACAUAUUUCAUCAUAAACGUAAGGUGGCCCUUGAUAUGCACGGUUUUGAAGAACGCGGAUAUGGUGGUACACGGUUUAGGAGUAAUAAGCCGGAGAAAAUGGUUCGUGACGUCAUAGAUUUCAGUCACCGGAGUGAGGAGCGUUCGGCUGCAUUCCAGGAAGUGUUGACAGAUGAGGCAGCUCAUCAUACAUCUACUAGCAAUAGCAGUAGUUCAGAUGAAGCUGGUUUUGAAGAACGAAAAGCUAGAAGCAUGGCAAAGUCCAGAAACCGCUGCCUUCCUAUGAACUUGACUCCAGAGGAUUUACUUUCAGGAACACUGAAGGAACGAGCAAAAAUUGGAUCAAGCCUGGCAGACAUAGACCCAAUGACUUUGGAUAGAGAAGUUUCCUUUGAGGCUGUUGGUGGUCUCUCACAUCAUGUAAAAGCCCUUAAGGAAAUGAUUAUCUUUCCUCUGCUGUACCCAGAAGUGUUCGAAAAGUUCAAAAUUUCUCCUCCAAGGGGAGUCUUAUUUUAUGGGCCACCUGGAACUGGGAAAACACUAAUGGCUAGGGCACUAGCUAAUGAAUGCAGUGUUGGUGGUAAAAAGGUUGCAUUUUUCAUGAGGAAAGGUGCAGAUUGUCUUAGCAAGUGGGUGGGAGAAUCCGAGAGACAACUCAGACUUCUGUUUGAUCAGGCUUAUCAAAUGCGUCCCUCUAUAAUCUUUUUUGAUGAAAUAGAUGGGCUUGCUCCUGUACGUUCUUCUCGGCAAGAUCAAAUCCAUUCCAGUAUUGUAUCUACACUUUUAGCACUUAUGGAUGGAUUAGAUUCUCGUGGCGAAGUUGUUGUCAUUGGCGCUACCAAUAGAAUUGAUGCAAUUGAUCCUGCUCUGCGGAGGCCUGGCCGAUUUGACCGGGAAUUCAACUUUCCUCUUCCAUCCAUGAAGGCACGUCAGCAUAUAUUAACAAUUCACACCAAAAGUUGGAUCCCUGUUCCUAGUAAGCGGCUUUUGCACUACUUAGCAGAGCAGACCGUUGGUUAUUGUGGUGCUGAUCUAAAGUCACUUUGUGCCGAGUCAGCGUUAAUUGCACUCAGAAGCAAAUAUCCACAGAUUUACUUAUCCAAGCAGAAGCUUCUAAUUGAUGUAUCUUCAAUUAAUAUAAGAUUGUGUCACUUUAAAGUGGCAUUGAAAAAGAUAGUUGCAGCUGGACAGAGGUCGGCUGCUAGUGUUGGUCGACGCCUCGGCUCUAAUGUGCAACCCUUACUGCAGUCAUCUCUCAAUCGUGCUUUAAGACUACUGUCGGAAAGUUUUCCUCACGGCUUUAUUAAAUUUUCCACUAGUAUAAAGUGCCGUACUACUCAUCGGCCCAGACUGCUGCUAGCUGGAUUUAGAACUCAAGGCCAGAGCACCCAUCUAGCACCAGCACUUAUUCAUUCCCUUGAAAAGGUUCCAACUCACAAGUUGGAUCUAGCCGCUCUGUAUUCAGUAUCAGCACGAGCACCAGAAGAAGCAUGUGCUCAGAUUUUUCACGAAGCACGGCGUAAUCUACCAAGUAUCAUUUAUGUUCCACACAUAGACCAGUGGUGGGGAAUGACUUCAGAAACUUUGCGUGCAACUUUCAUGUCUCUCCUGCUUGACCUUGAUCCUUCAUCGCCAUUAUUAUUGUUAGCUACAUCAGAUGUUCCAUAUGAUGAGCUUGAUGCUGAAGUUCAGAUGCUUUUUAGUGUGUAUCGCGAGGAAAUGAUGACUAUGGUCAAUCCACUAGAAGAUGAGAGGAGGCAGUUCUUUAAACCCUUGUUCUUCACAGAUAUGCUUCAAAAAACUAAGGUUCGCCCAAAUAAACGACAACUGGAGGAUCUACCACUGGCUCCAGAACCUGAACACCGGCAGUUAAAUUCCAAGGAAGUUAAAAAGCUGGAAGAGAUUGAGGAAGCUACACUCAGGGAAUUGCGCAUUUUCCUUCGUGAAAUUUGUGCCAAGUUAGCUAAAAAUCGAACGUUUUACAUUUUCACAAAACCUGUGGAUGAAGAAGAAGUGCCUGAUUAUCGUGAUAUUAUAAAGGAGCCAAUGGACUUGGAGACAAUGAUGACAAAGAUUGACCAACACGAGUAUGAUUGUGCUCAGGAGUUUCUUCGGGAUAUUGACUUAAUCUGCACUAAUGCUCUUGAGUACAACCCAGACCGUAACCCUGAGGAUAAAAUCAUCCGUCACCGUGCCUGUACGUUGCGGGAUACAGCUUAUGCUUAUAUUAAGGCUGAAAUGGACACCGAUUUUGAAGACAAGUGUCGUGAAAUUAGAGAUAGGCGCCAGGUGCGUUAUAGUCCUUCGGGAAAACCUCUGGCCCCAGAAUUCAUCCAUGUUGCUCGAAGCUCGGGAAGACCAGAAAUAGCAUUAAAGCCAGAGAGACUCUCCGAACCACUGACUCCUUGUUUCUCCACUACAUCACCCAGAGAUCAGCUUGCCAAGUCGACCAGUGAUAUCCAUCGUCGUCGUAAAAGAAGGCAUAGAAGUGCUUGGUCUCGUGGUGAAAUUAAAGCUCCAAAGAAAAAGAGAAUUAUUGACAAGGAUCCAGCCGAGAAGAAGGAAUUAGAAAUAGAAAAUGAGGAGGCAAAAACUGAAGAGGAAGGAGAAGUGGAGGAGAAAAAUACAAGUUUAGAGUUAUCAGAGAAGGUCACAGAUGAGGGUGAGAAGAGUGAAGAUGAUGUCAGUGUUCACUCAACUUGCAACUUGGAAGACGGGGAAAGGAGUAUAAAAGAUUCACCUAUUUUGAAAGUUAAUGUGGAAGAGGGUCAUGUAGAUUCUGAAGUUGUUUUAUAUAAUGGUCACCUGAGCACCGAGGAUAGCCAUGAUAGUAUGAAAGUAACAUCUGCAGCUGAUGAGCUUGCUGCUCAGGCAUCUACCUCAAGUACUAUAAAAGAGCCAAGGGAUAGCAGCAAGGGAGAGGUGGAAGAUAAAACUCGUGAUACUACACUGGAGACCGAAGAUUCUGUUGGGCUCGGGUCUCCCAGGUUGUCCGCAGGGUUAUUAAGUCUAGUAAGCCUGCGGUCUAUUCCCGUGCUUAUGACGUUCGUAAGUUUGCUGCUUUGGCUGCCGUCUUCGGCAACCUGUCUGCGGCUGACAUUUGAGCGUUGGGAUUUUGGAGGUCGAUCAGGGUCCUGGCCGCCCGUUAUUUGGUGAACAUUCCUGGUCUUGGGCAUUCGUGUGUGGAUUU